AUGGUGCUACCGCUGGCCCUGGUUUUCCCAGCUCCAGCUGUUUUGUUUCUAGCCUUUACUAUUAUAUGUAAUUGCUACGCUAGAUGCGCUUACCAGCCCCAGAAGGAAUUGGGAAGCCGAAACGACUGUGAUACCUGCAGUCCUGGGAUGGACGCAUUCGGCUACCAGGAACAGAGCCGCUGGUUCUGCUGUCGUUCCGGUCAACCCUCCGCUUGUCACUCCCGUGGGACCUGGACGCGGUUUUCGAGAACUUCUCCGACGAGCCUUGUCUUCCUUCCGCUAAUGCCUCAUCGAGUUUAUCGCCCGACGGACGAGAAAAAUGCGAUCGAUGUCAUUCUAGGUCUGAUGGGAGUUGCGGGCCAGGGGGAGUCUUGCUUCUCGGGGCUCAGUAGGCAGGUAGGUGUGUUUGUGGGUACGAAAACGCUUCGAUCAAGAGAGGAUUUGUCUUUUCCAUUUAAUUCUGAAUAAGGCAUCGUCUCCCCUGGGAAGAAGAGACUAUAUGGAGUACAUGAAAUAAAAGUGUGGCGACUGUCUUAACGUCUAAAACAACGUUUAUGUUGAUACAUACAUU